UGUGGCGGCGGCGGCGGGCGGGGCGCGCACGGGGCGGCGCCGAGCGGACACGACGCACGCGGCGGGCGCGGGCUCCGGCGGCAUGUCCGGCAGCAGGAAGAGCUGGGCUACGCUGUCCAGCCUGGCCAGGCAAUGGACCCUGGAGGAUGAGGAGGAGCAGGAGCGGGAGCGGAGGCGGCGGCACCGCAACCUGAGCUCCACCACCGACGACGAGGCAGCCCCACCGGCCCUGGAUGCAGACCCAUCGGCCCCGGAGAGACUGCCGAGUGUGGAGGAGGCAGAGAUACCCCAGCAGCCGCACCCCCCAGACUCCAAGGAUGAGAACGAGGACGUCCGCACCGUCGUUAGGACGCGGCAAGAGCGGAGACAGAGGCAGCGGCUGGUGGAAGCAGCACAGGCUCCCGUCCGGGAGCAGCUGGAGGCAGAGCAGGGGGACAGCGAGGGCGCUGGGCAGGCCGGGCAGCGGCCCCUGGUGCCCAGGAAGGAGGUGGAGCUGCCGCCUCACCGGACACUGAGCCGGGAGCGGUGGGGCUCCGGGGCCCGGGAGGAGGAGAGCGCGGGCAAGGAGCCAUCGGGCGGCAGGAAGUGGGGCUCGGAGAAGCCCGCUGCUCCAGGGAAGACGUACCCCGAAAGGAGCCCAGACUCCGAGGAAGUCUCCGUCUCCGAGAGGUCCCCAGGCCCUGAGAAAGUGUCUGUGUUGGAGAAGAUCGCCGUGUUGGAGAAAAGAACCGUCUCAGGAAAGAGAUCCGUCUCAGAAAAAGCAAGCAUCUCAGAGAAGCUGCCGGCCCCAGGGAAGACGCGGGGCUCGGAGAAGAGACUCGUGUCUGAGAAGGCGGCGGUCUUUGAGAAGCCCCUGGCCUCGGGGGCAGAGCUGGCCCCCACCAGGGCAGCAGCCUCGGGGCAGACCCAGGAGCAGCCGGCCUCCGGGGAGAGCCCGUCCAUCACCCAGGGGCAGAGGAGGGCCCGCCCUGAGGAGCAGCCCGCAUCCCCCGCCUCAGAGCCCCGGGCUGUAGCUGGCCGCCUCCCGCCCAUCACUCUCCAGGUGAAGAUCCCCAGCAGGGAGGAUGAGGUGGACACAUCCUCGCCCACCCGGGCCACCUACAGCAGCUCCCUCCGCCGCUCCAGCCCCAGGACUAUCUCCUUUCGGAUGAGCCCCAAGAGAGACAUCUCAGAGGCAGCCUUGACCCGCAGUGCCAGCAUGAGGCUCCCGGCCAGUUCGGUCAGUUUAGGCCAGAAGCUGGAAAGAUACCACACGGCUAUACAGCGGUCAGAAUCUGUCAAGUCUCCCGGCUCCACCCGCACUGAGUUCCUGGUGGCUCCUGUGGAUGUGGCCAGAAAGCGCCACCUCUUUGAGAAGGAGCUGGCGGGCCAGGGACGAGAAGAACCCAUGUCCAGUCGGAAGGAAGACUUGAAGCUCUCGGGGGUUGUGACAUCAAGGCUCAACCUGUGGAUCAGCAGGACCCAGGAGGCUGGGGAUCGGGACCCCCAGGAGGUACAGAAAGAGUCGGCCGCUGCCAGGAGGACCCAGUGGAGAAAGAAAACAGAUCCCUCCCUGGAUGCCCAGGUGUGAGGAGCCUGGGCUCAGGGCCCUGCAGCUGCACUCCCAUCUCAUCGCCCUGCUCCCCUUCUGCCUCUGGACCUGGGACCAGGGACCCUGGGACCCUUGGACGGUGUGCCCGGAUCUUGUCCUGCUGCAGGCAUGGCGGAGCCUGGGCACAGCACAGCUCUCAUCCACGUCGUCCUGUCCAGAGAUGCUCCUGCUCCUGGCUCCCUUCCAGGGUCAGGGUGGCGCCGUCCCCCGGGAAGCCCAGGGUCACUUGUGUGGUCUGCGCCCAGCAGGUGUCUUGGUGUAUGUGUACCUCUCAGAGGCCGGUCCACCCCCUCCGUCCCUGGGCCACUCCCAGCUCUCCGGGGCUGAAGGUGUCACACUAUCAUCCUUGGGCCUCAUCCCUGCUUUGUUCUCCCGCACGACCCUGACCUGCUGCUCCAGCCAAGCCCUGGGUGCCUUCCUGUGCCCCUCCCCCUGUUCUCAGGAAAGAGCUGAUAAACUCAUUCACUCUCAGGUGGAAGUGACUAAUAAUACCUUCAAAUGGA